AUGGCUGUUAACGGAACCAAUGGCGUGAAAGGAGCCCAUGGAGGCAAUGCUCUUUGCAGUGUCGACGAAUUCGUUGCUCAAAAGUACGAUUUUGUCGUCGUUGGCGGUGGCACCGCUGGCCUCUGUGUCGCAGCAAGACUGACAGAAGAUCCCAAUGUGACUGUCGGUGUCCUCGAAGCCGGCCAGAACCGUAUGGACGAUCCUGCGGUCUCAACGCCAGGCCUUUACCCCACCAUGAUAGGACGACCAGACUAUGACUGGUGUAUGACUAGCAUUGAGCAACCUACUGCAGGUGGCAAGGUCUACUCUAUGCCUCGAGGCAAACUCUUGGGUGGCAGUUCUGGUAUCAAUUACCUGAUGUAUGUUCGGGGAUCGAAAGGCGAUUACAAUGGAUGGGAGUCAUUGGGCAACCGAGGCUGGGGCUGGGACGGUUUGGCUCCUUACUUCCGAAAGCACCAGACGCUCGACAAGACCGAGAACAAAUCUAGCAAUCCGCAGUUCAUGCCAGCAGCUGGCGGCGACAAAUAUCACGGCACCAACGGGCCGAUCCACACUUCGUUUAACGACUGGUACUCGCCAUAUGAGGAAGAUUUCGUAAAGGCGGCGUAUGAAGUGACUGGUAGCCAGAAUACCUUGAACGAUGCCUGGAGUGGUGACCAUAUGGGAUUCUACAGCUCCCUUGGCGCCGUCAAUCGCACUGACGACCCUGGUAAGCGAAGCUAUGCUGCGACUGGAUACUUGCGACCCAACCUCCAGAGGCCAAACUUAAAAGUCCUCACCGAGGCCCAGGCGAUUGGAAUAACGGGCAUCAAAAACGGGACCGCUGAUGGUGUCGAGUUCAUUCACAAGGGUCAAAAAUACUCGGUUGGUGCGAAGAAGGAAGUCGUCCUGAGUGCGGGUGUCAUCCAAACUCCACAGCUGCUGGAGCUGUCCGGCAUUGGUGACGCGGAAGUGCUUCAAAAAGCCGGCGUGGAGUGCCUUGUCGAGAACAAGGCUGUUGGAGAGAACUUCCAGGACCACGUUCUCGGUGGCCUGUUGUAUGACCUCAAGCCUGGUGUACCAUCUCUGGAUGCAAUGCACGGAGCAGAAUUCGCCAAAGCCCAGCAGGAGAUCUACGAGAAGACUAAUGGCGGAGUGUGUGGUUCACCUGGGAUGUUGAUGGGCUUCGUCUCUUACGCGAGUUUGGUCUCACCGGAAGAGCUUGAGCAGACCAUCAGCGAGAUCAAGCAAAAGUCCUUGGCCAAGACCGACUUCGCCAAAGCUCAAGAGAAGGUCAUUGUGGACCAGCUCCGUGAUCCAACCUUUGCCAACCUCCAGACGUUCUGCAUCAUGUGUCGUCUCGAUGUUGCCAAGGGUGCGGAUCAGACCCAAUUCUUUAGUGCGCCACCGCCCGGCACCGAGCAAGUGUCGCUGCUGAUGUGCUUGGAACAUCCUCUUUCUCGAGGUACGGUCCACAUUACGACGUCGGACCCACUGGCUCCUCCACAGAUUGAUCCGGGCUAUUUCCGCAACGAAGUCGAUGCGAAGAUUUUAGCUGCUGGCAUAAAAUGGAUGGAUCAGGUCGCCAAGCACCCGUUACUCGCAAAGCAGAUGGGUAAGAGAGAGUUGCCGGCGGACCAGGCAAGCCUCGACAGUGAACAGGAGCGCAUCGACUAUGUCAAGAACCACAUCUCGACGCAAUAUCAUCUGAUUGGUACGGCCGCGAUGGGUGAGGCCGUGGACGACCAGCUGCACGUCAAUGGCGUCAAGGGCCUGAGGGUCGUUGACGCCUCUGUCUUCCCGGGCCACGUCUCUGGAAACAUCAUGUCUACCACCUACGCCGUUGCAGAGAAAGGUGCCGAUCUCAUCAAGGCAGAUUGGGGGAUCAAGCAGUGA